GUAAUCGAUGGAUCAUCUCGAGGAUGAGCUUCCUCACUUGUUGAAUAUUAUACUCUGAUAUGAAGUGUGGCUCCCCCUCCUGCAGGAUCUUCAGGAAGAUCUUCAUCAGGUGGUCCAGGAAGGUCGGGUACUGUGUGGCGCACAUGAUAACCUCGAAAUUCUCAGAUAGUUCUUGAGCAGCUUUAAGUUUCAACUCGUCCUUUGAUCCUGGAUCCGCCAACACCGUCACGUACGAUCUGUACGCGUUCAUCUGCGUGAGGGGGUCUGGCGGCGCCAUUUUUGUUGAUUAUGUCUUACAGGAGAUUAUUUCAGAUCCUUUUACCUAGACCGAAAAUGUGAAAUCAGGAACAAGGAAUUUUGUUGAGCCGGAAAUGUUGAAAAAAGGUAACAAAAGUGAUAGGAUGUGCGGGAAAAUGUGAUUCUAUGAACAAAUGAAUUUUUUGGCUUUCACUGCAAAGGGUUGGGGAGUUCGGGAGACUCCAGGGUGAAUCAAUGAUUCAAGGCCAAGUGUAAACAAUGCCGUAGCAACCUCACUGCGUGAUAAUAUUUAUCCUACAUGUGGGAUAUGUUUUGCAGUGGAACUGCGUCAAUCGAGCCCGCAACAUGUGACUCGACUAAAAUUUUUUUCAUCUCCAAUUUUUAUUAAAAUUAUUUGAAAAUGGACGAAAAGACUAUUGACUCGAUUUUCUCGGGAUCCCUGAGAAGUCUUCCCCCGGUGAGUUCGAAGAUCGUGAGGAUUUUCACGAGCUCAACAUUUACAGACACGACAAUGGAAAGGAACACCUUGAUGGCUCAGUGUUACCCAAAAUUGAAAGAUUAUUGCCGGGAAAAGCAUGGUUUAGAGUUUCAGGUAGUGGAUAUGCGAUGGGGUGUACGUGAUGAAGCCACCGACGAUCAUAUGACGACUGAACUCUGUAUGAGGGAAAUUGAGAAUUGCCAGCGGCUCUCCAUGGGGCCCAAUUUCGUUGUAUUUCUUGGCCAAAAGUACGGUUACCGUCCAAUUCCAACCUACGUAUUGAGCUCUGAACUGGAGAUGCUCCGAACGGACCUCGAGGGCCAGGGCAUGGAGGUGGAGGUCUUGGAUACGUGGUACAAGAAGGACAGCAACGCAGUGCCUCCCACCAGCGUCUUACAGCCCAUCUCCUCGAUUCUGAAGAACUUCAACAACAAACGAAUUCCAAAACUACAGGCAGAGGACCAAGCCAUCUGGUGGGACACAAUGCUGAAGAUGCAGAAGUUGUUCAGAAAAGGUGCCCAAUCACUCUUCAACUCUGGAAAAUUUGAUAAGGACACGAUGCACAACUACUUCAUGUCGGUGACCGAGCGAGAGGUUAUCAACGGCAUUCUCAAUGUUAAGAACACGAAGAACCAUUGCUUGGCAUACGUCAGAUACAUAAACAACAUAAAUCUCCAGAAUUUACGGAAGGCAGGUCUGUUUCUGGACAUCGCCAACAGGAGUUUGGACAACGAGGCAGCUAGACUGCUGGCUGAUUUACGAGAUGAACGGCUUCCCAACAAAAUUGAGAGUGGAAAUCUCCAGCGAUAUACAGUCGAGUGGAUUGGCCGAGAGGGUCUGGACCCGGAGACCCACAGCGAAUAUCUCCAGCACUUCAUCACGCACUUCUACAGGAACAUGGUGAAGCUAGUGGACAGAGCAAUGAGAAAGGAAGACAGUUCAGCCCAGGGCCAGAUCAUAACGGAGCUUCUACAGCAUCUCCACGCGUGCAACAACUCAGUCAAGGUUUUCUAUGGUCGUGAGGACUCUCUGGAGAAGAUCAAGACAUACAUGCUGGGGGAGAGUGAGAAGCCACUGGUGCUAUACGGUGAAGGGGGCUGCGGUAAGACUUCCCUUCUAGCCAAGAGUGCGGGACUCAGCAAUUCCAACAACUGGUUGUCAGGGAAAAAACCAAUAAGUGUCAUCAGAUACCUGGGUACAACCCCGGACAGCAGUGCCCUCACCCCCACGUUGAUAUCCAUCUGUCAACAGAUAUCUUACAACUUCAUGCUUCCAUUUGACGAGAUUCCAGAUGACCUGGUGCCACUCACAGCGCACUUUAAGCAUCUUCUGACGCUUGCCACCACCCAGCAACCAAUCCUCCUGUUUCUCGACUCUGUCGAUCAACUGACAGGGGCCCAGGGUAACAAAUUGUCAUGGCUACCCACCAGAUUACCCCCCAAUUGCAAGAUGAUCCUCUCCUGCGCAGCUGAGGAGUCCAACCCCGUUAUCUCUCGUGACUAUCAUCUUCUCCGAAGGAUGAUUGAUACCGAAGAGAGUUUCAUCGAGGUCACUGCACUGGGGGAGGAGCUUGCCAUGGAUGUCAUCAAGAUGUGGAUGAAGACAGCUCAUCGGGACCUCAACAACUACCAGUGGCGUCUCGUAGCGAAUGCCAUCUCCAAGUGCUCCCUCCCGAUCUUCGUGAAGCUGGUAUUUGCUGAGAUAUGUCGUUGGAGAAGCUACACAAAACCAGCGGAUACUCAUCUAGCCAGCACCGUGAUGGACAGUAUCAUGAUGCUCUUCGAGAGAAUCGAGAAACAGCACGGAAAAAUUCUCGUCUUCCACGCCCUGGCGUACAUAACAGCCGCCAAAAGUGGUCUAUCAGAAUCCGAACUCGAGGAUCUGAUAUCCCUGGACGACAAGGUCCUGGAUGACGUCUACCAGUAUCACUUGCCACCAGUGAGAAGGAUUCCCCCGCUUCUCUGGACGCGAAUCAGAAAUGAUCUGCCGAAUUAUCUGAGUGAGCGUGAGGCAGAUGGUGUCAGUGUACUCAACUGGUACCACAGACAGUUCCGAGAUACCGCGAAGGAGAGAUAUUUCAAGAACAUGAACAUGGCGAUGUACUUUCACUCGAUGAUCGCAGAUUAUUACCUGGGAAUCUGGGGCGGUGGAAGGCCAAAGCCCUUCAAGUACACUGAGAUCCAGAGGCAUCGAUUCAACCUCACGGAUAAAGAAGGUGUGGCUGAUCGUAAAGUACCUGAGCAGCCCCUUGCAUUUUACUCGAAGGAGGGAAAACUGUCGCGAUACAACUUGAGGAAGUUUGGUGAGCUACCGUACCACCUGGUCCGAGCUAGAAGAUUCAAGGAUCUGUUUGAGAACGUGCUGUUCAACUACGAGUGGCUUCAUGCCAAGCUAAGCUCCUGUCCCCUGCAGGCAGUGCUGUCGGACUUUGAAGACGCUUGCAAUAAUAUUGAGGACCAGAAUCACGUGAGAGAGUUGAUGCUGGUGGCAGAUGCCCUACGAUUGGGAGGUGCCAUUCUCGGUAAUCAUCCGAAUAUGCUGGCACCACAGCUGGUAGGAAGACUUCUUCCGGAAAUUGGGGGGAACUACAACAUCAUGAUGCUAUUGAGGGCUUGCGAUAAAGAUGGUACAAAGGACUGUGCACUGAUGCCGUUAUAUCACUGUCUCCAUACACCCGGUGGACCUCUCAAGUAUUCGCUGGAAGGCCAUCAAUUCGCAGUCUUCGGAUUCUGCUUAACCUCGGACUACCGCUACGUGGUAUCAAUCUCCAAUCGUUUCAUUACUUGGGAUCUCUCCACCAGCGACAUGACUCGGGAUGUCAAUCCUGGAAUAGAGGGUAUUAUGCAGCAGCUCAUUCUCAGCCCUGACAACAGAUACGCAGCGGCCUUCACUACGAACAAUCAGAUAGUCAUCCUGAACACGUUGACAAGCGAAUUCGUCAUUGUGGACAAUCCUCUGCCAGAAGAGGAGCCCGUCUGUGGAGUCCACCUGAUGAAUCAAUUCGCUUUUGUCUGGGGGAGGAGUGGAUGGUGCCGAUUCGAUCUUCGUGGAAAUCUCUUGUCCAAGCACUCAUCACCAGAGGAUCCGAACCAAUGGCAGAUACUCACUGUCGAGUACACAAUCCUCGAGGAAUAUCGUCUGGUCUUCUGGACGGGUAGUCUAGAAGAGCCAAUGAUGCAGCUGAACACCUAUCUAUCGUCAGGGCCUUUGGAUUCCCUUCGAUUUCGAUCAGCAAUGGUACUCACCAACAACAAGCGCACUCUCUACGCUUGUAGCUCCGACAACGACUUCAGAGUGACAAAAUUCAUCAUCUCCGAGGAUCAGUCCCGCUGGGAGAGGCAGCUCGACAUGGGGAGGGCUUACAAUGACGAAACAGAGUACCUCCUUCAACUGAAGAUCGACAGACACGAGGAAACACUCCUCGCAACCACUGGCAACGGUUUUAUCGUUUGGUUCCUGGAGAACACAUCCAAGCCAGCCGUCCUUUCGUUACCCAAUGGCGUGAGGAACAUCAGCACCCGAAUGCUGUCAUCCAACUCGAUAAUGGUGAGCGGUACCAAGAAUUAUGCAGUGGCGGGAGUGAGGAAGAGCCUCUACGUUUGGUGCUUGGAGACAUCAGAGCUCGUUAAAAUCCUCGACGCACACUUCGCGCGGAUUAUUCAGCUGGAGGCACUGACCAUUGGCAAUUGGAACAGUGUCAUCACCUCCAGCAUCGACAGAAGUGUUAAAGUAUGGAACAUCGACAAUAUCUUCGAGCAGGUUCACGUAAUCGAUCGUCACGAACUGCAGAUCGAUUCAAUCUGUCUUGCUGAGGACUGUAGUCUCGCGGUAACUGUCACCAGGAGUUGUGUUGGUGUCUGGGACCUGCAGUCUGGUAAGCUAGUGUCAAAACUAGCGGAUAGUCCCCUGGGGGCGAUAGUAACGCACGCAUCAAUCACGCAUGAUGGAAAAUUCAUCGUUUCAACGGAAUCGGGGAAUCUUCUCAUCUGGAAUAGAAUCACAGAACAAGUGCUGUUCAAAGAGGAACAGCCGGGGAUCAGGCAACUGACUCUUCUUCAGGAGUCGACCAAGUGCCUCGCUGUAUCCAGACCUUCUAACCCGGUAGGGGUUGAGUGCAUGAAGACCACUGCUACUCUAGUCAUGAGAAGCGUCCCUGAUGGCAGAACCAUGUUCUCGGUGGAAUAUCCUGUUAGGAGCCACACGGGCAUGCCUUUUAGGAAAGUGGUGAUCACGUCUGAUGGGGCAUUUUUGGUAGUACCUGGGGCGGAAAAGCUGUCCAGGGACUUUGUUAUCGUUUAUAAUGCCAAGACAGGAGCUCUCGUGAGUAAGAUUCCCAUCAAGCUGCCUGGAUUCAAGGACAUCAUCAGCUUGGUUCCCAUGCCGAACAAGGCCCAGUGGGUGGGCAUUAUCGGGAGUGAUAAGGGGAGCAUUAUUGAUAUCAACAAGAAGAAAAUCAUCAGGUCCAUACCGAGGUGGAGUGGGAAUAUCAGUAAAGAUGGAAAGUACACGCUUUAUGCUCCUAGCAGAGGAGGUUUGGAGCUCAUGGAGUUGAAGAAAGGAACGACCGUGAAGACGUACAUUCCCAAAGUUGCUGAAGGUGUCUUCACCGUGAUUUCGAUGUUCAAUAGAACUGAUGAAUAUGUUCUCUAUUACCACAGUGGGAGGAAGACGAUCAGGAUCUUCAGGUCUUCUGAUUGCGAAAUGAUAGCCAAUUACAGAGUACCAGCUGAAUUGAGCGCUGUGGAUAGCACGUACGAUGGUAAGAGCAUCGUCCUGGGAACUGUGGACGGUUGUGUUUCAGUUCUGGCUAUUGCUGAUCCACAAAAGCCGGAGAUGAACGAGUACCUGAGGACCUUACCCUCGAGAGACGAAACGUGGAAGAAGAAAAUGGAGAAGCAGAGAGCAGCUAUAAAGUUCAAAGCAGCUGCAAGAAUCGCCAGAGUCACCCACGACCUCACUAUGACAGUACGAAACGCAAACUCUCUGGGGGAAACUGCUGACGAAAGCGAGGAAGAAGAGGAAGAUUAAGGCUG